AUUGUUUUCCUCCGCGCUCCGCGGCUGGACUCGGACCCAGGGCUCUCCCGACAGCGCCCCGGACGCCAGAUUCGAGCACCAUCCGAUUCGGACGCUCAUCGCAGCUGGCCGGAGCCCAACCACGGAUUGCGAACUCAGCGCGGCGCGUGUCCGAGGGCCGUCCGCGGCGAUCUCGAUCCCGCUGACCCGGAUCCCCGAGUCAGAGGUUUCCUAUCCCCCUCACGCCCCCACAGGAGUCACCACCCCAGGGCCAGCAUAUGGGUGAGGGGGCACCCCCUGGGGCCUGAGCUGCCCCGCACAGGAUGCCCCGUGCCCCCCACUUCAUGCCCUUGCUGCUACUGCUGCUGCUGCUCUCGCUUCCCCAUACCCAGGCCGCCUUUCCCCAGGACCCCCUCCCUCUGUUGAUCUCUGACCUUCAAGGUACUUCCCCAUUAUCCUGGUUUCGGGGCCUGGAGGAUGAUUCUGUGGCUGCAGAACUUGGGCUGGACUUUCAGAGAUUCCUGACCUUGAACCGGACCUUGCUAGUGGCUGCCCGGGAUCACGUUUUCUCCUUUGAUCUUCAAGCCCAAGAAGAAGGGGAGGGGCUGGUGCCUAACAAGUAUCUAACAUGGAGGAGCCAAGAUGUGGAGAACUGUGCCGUGCGGGGAAAGCUGACGGACGAGUGCUACAACUAUAUUCGUGUUCUUCUUCCCUGGGACUCCCAGACGCUCCUCGCCUGUGGAACGAACUCAUUCAGUCCUGUGUGCCGCAGCUAUGGGAUAACUUCGCUGCAGCAGGAGGGUGAGGAGCUGAGUGGGCAGGCUCGAUGCCCCUUUGACGCCACCCAGUCCAACGUGGCCGUCUUUGCAGACGGCAGCCUGUACUCAGCCACAGCUGCAGACUUCCAGGCCAGUGAUGCUGUAGUUUACAGAAGCCUUGGGCCUCAGCCCCCACUCCGCUCCGCCAAGUACGACUCCAAGUGGCUCCGAGAGCCACACUUUGUCCAUGCCCUGGAGCAUGGAGACCAUGUCUACUUCUUCUUCCGCGAGGUCUCUGUGGAGGAUGCCCGGCUGGGGAGGGUGCAGUUCUCCCGAGUAGCCCGAGUGUGUAAACGUGACAUGGGCGGCUCGCCUCGGGCCUUGGACCGCCACUGGACAUCCUUCCUGAAGCUGCGGCUCAACUGCUCUGUCCCUGGGGACUCUGCUUUCUAUUUUGACGUUUUACAGGCCUUGACUGGGCCUGUGAACCUGCAUGGCCGCUCUGCUCUCUUUGGGGUCUUCACCACCCAGACCAAUAGCAUCCCUGGCUCUGCUGUCUGCGCCUUCUACCUGGAUGAGAUUGAGCGUGGGUUUGAGGGCAAGUUCAAGGAGCAGCGGAGUCUGGAUGGGGCCUGGACUCCUGUGUCUGAGGACAGGGUCCCCUCACCCAGGUACCCGAGAUGGAAUGGCUUUUGUGGGGGCAGAUGCUGCUUGCUUCUGCAAGACAGGAUUAUGAGGAGGGGGCCAGGAUCCUGUGCAGGAAUAGGGGGAGCUGCCUUGUUCUCCUCUUCUCGAGACCUCCCUGAUGAUGUCCUGACCUUCAUCAAGGCUCACCCACUGCUGGACCCCGCUGUGCCGCCUGCCACCCAUCAGCCUCUACUCACUCUCACUAGCAGGGCCCUACUGACCCAGGUAGCUGUGGAUGGCAUGGCUGGUCCCUACAGUAACAUCACAGUCAUGUUCCUUGGCUCCAACGAUGGGACAGUGCUUAAGGUGCUGCCCCCAGGUGGGCAAUCUGGGGGACCUGAGCCGAUCCUCCUGGAAGAGAUUGAUGCCUACAGCCCUGCCCGGUGCAGUGGGAAGCGGGCAGCCCUAACAGCACGACGGAUCAUAGGGCUGGAGCUGGACACUGAGGGUCACAGGCUCUUUGUGGCUUUUUCUGGCUGUAUUGUCUACCUCCCUCUCAGCCGGUGUGCCCGGCAUGGGGCCUGUCAGAGGAGCUGUCUGGCUUCUCAGGACCCAUACUGUGGAUGGCACAGCUCCAGAGGCUGUGUGGAUAUCAGGGGACCUGGUGGGACUGAUGUGGAUCGGGCUGGGAGCCAGGAAUCCAUGGAGCAUGGUGACUGCCAAGACGGAGCUACUGGGAGUCAGUCUGGCCCUGGGGAUUCUGCUUAUGGCGUGCGCCGGGACCCGCCCCCAGCCUCAGCCUCCCGCUCGGUCCCCAUCCCACUCCUCCUGGCCAGUGUGGCCGCAGCUUUCGCUCUGGGCGCCUCAGUGUCUGGCCUCCUGGUCUCCUGUGCUUGUCGCCGCGCCCACCGACGUAGAGGCAAGGACAUCGAGACUCCGGGGCUCCCGCGCCCUCUUUCCCUCCGCAGUUUGGCCCGGCUACACGGUGGGGGCCCAGAGCCCCCGCUGCCGUCCAAGGACGGCGACGCGGUGCAGACGCCGCAGCUGUACACCACCUUCCUGCCGCCUCCCGAGGGCGUGCCCCCGCCGGAGCUGGCCUGCCUGCCCACCCCCGAGUCCACGCCGGAGCUGCCGGUCAAGCACCUCCGCGCCGCUGGGGACCCCUGGGAGUGGAACCAGAACAGGAACAACGCCAAGGAGGGCCCGGGCCGCUCUAGGGGCGGAAACGCGGGGGGCGGGCCCGCGCCCCGCGUGCUGGUGAGGCCGCCACCGCCCGGCUGUCCCGGGCAGGCCGUGGAAGUCACCACCCUGGAGGAACUGCUGCGCUACCUGCACGGCCCGCAACCGCCCAGGAAGGGGGCCGAGCCCCCACUUCCCUUAACCUCGCGGGCGCUCCCGCCCGAGCCCGCCCCCGCCCUCUUGGGCGGCCCCAGUCCCCGGCGCCCGGAGUGCGCCCCGCCGCUGAGGCUGGACGUGCCCCCCGAGGGCAGGUGCGCCGCUGCCACCGCCCGGCCCGCGCUCUCCGCCCCCGCACCCCGGCUGGGCGUCGGAGGGGGCCGGAGGUUGCCUUUCUCCAGCCACCGGGCCCCCCCUGCCCUGCUCACUCGAGUCCCCUCGGGGGGUCCCUCCAGGUACUCCGGGGGGCCCGGGAGGCACCUCCUGUACCUGGGCCGGCCCGAGGGCUACCGGGGCCGCGCCCUGAAGAGGGUGGACAUGGAGAAGCCCCAACUGUCCCCGAAGCCUCCCCUCGUCGGGCCCUCCUCCCGCCAGGCCGUCCCGAACGGCGGCCAUUUCAACUUUUAAAGGGAGCGGCCCCCGGCCUCCAGCGGAGCGCGGGCGGGGUGGGGAGUCCUCUCGGCCGCGAGCGGGACGCUCUUCAGGACGCCUCACCGCCCCCUCGCCCCCUCGCCCCGCACCUCCAGCCUUCCCGACUCGCAGAGCCUCCCGAGGCCCCUUUCCGCCUCGGGUCUAUUUAUUGACUGCCGACUGGCCUUCCCCCUGCCCUCGAGAGAGGAGUGGGAGGUGAGCCAGCACUUCGCGGGGAGCUGGCGGACUCCCACUCCCCGCUCCCUUCCAGCCAAGCUGCCUUAACUCGCCCCUCGGGGCGCCCCCAGAGACUGGCCCCAGGCGGGCCGCGCGCGUUGUGUCCGAGUCCUCGGGCCUCCGGGGCUGGGACGUGCCUCUCCUACUGUGUAGGAGCCUCCGCUUCCCAAUACAGCCGUGUCCGCAGCCGCUGCCUGCUUUACUCGGGCCGGGGAGGGCGGCAGUCGGUCGGCUCGCUCGCGGCGCCCUCGCCCUUCGUCGGGCCCUGGGCUCUCCCGGGUAAUGGGAUGGCUGCGGUCCCGCCGGGGCGAGUCAGGAAAGGGCUACUGAAGGAAGCGAGCGGACUAUUGGUGCCGAGGUGAGCCUGGGCCCGGGGACCCGGGAGAGCUGGGGUGGGCCUGGGGACGGCCCUCGGAGCUCGCUCCCGGAUCGAGGUAAGAGGGACCUGCUGACAGGCCGAGUCUAUGGGAUGCGGCGGGGGAGGGAAUUUUUUGAGAAAUAAAAUGAAGCUGCAGCGUACGUUAACUGAAGUUCCACAUCAGAAAAUCUUGUCCUGAGACUGCCUAGAAGAGUUUGGGUCGCAGGAGGGGUAGGCUGCAAAAAACGCAAACGAUUCGGCCCUGUUGGAGGCAAGGUUCUGCCCGCAGCUCUUCCCUGAGGAGUGGCCUCCGCGGAGAGCGGGAGGGGGCGGGAGCGCGCGCGGCGUCACACGCAUGCGCAGCCACCCCCCCCCCGCCCCCCGCCGAGGCGCCUCCGCCGCGCUCGAGCCCCGCGCGCCCGGGAUCAGCCAGUGUGUGGCGUUCCUGAUGCUCGCUUUGCUCCGGUUGGAACUGGCUGCCCGUCCUGGGACUGGCUGCGUUAUCCCCGGCACCACUGGGAGAGAUGAACAGAACCACCUGCACCGCCCACCACCCUCGCGCUAACGACGCUUAAGGCCUAAUGCCGGCGGCGGCAGUUGGUGCGAAUUUACAAAUCGGGUUUUUCACCCGUUCGUAGCUGCAGUGUCCGCCCAGUUCAAGCCUCACAUUCUCCCGCUGGCGCCGCCUGGGGGCCGGGCCAACUCACUGCUGCUAAGGAAGCCUCCUCAGUCCCUUUUCCCGUUUGCUACCUAGAAGUCCUCCGCGAGAAACUGCUGAGGAUAAUUAAGGGAAGAACCCUGAGGUUGUUCCUAGUUCCGCCCUUUACUACCUGAGAUUAUGACGGGUCAAAACUCCUCCCGGAGCCUCCAUUUGCUCAUCUGAAAAAUGGGGUUGAGAGGCUCAAGUACUAGAAUGUGAAAAAGCUUUCUAAAGGCAUGGCAUGUUGUGAGAUAGUAUUUCCUCCAAACUCACGCAUAGGCUAUUCCUAUUCCUAACUUUGCGAUCUGCUUUUACUAGGCAAUCCCUUUCCCUUUGUAUCCUUAGAAUUUUCAUCUAUAGGUUUUGCCCUCAGGGUUUUUUAAUGCCCUCUGAACAUUACUCCUAUUUCAGUUUAGAUUGGCCAAAUUUGGUUGUCCUCCAGAGUCUGACCCCUUUUUGCUUGGCUCUUGUUUCAACAGCUUAGAGUGGUCCUUUAGUCUCAGUUUUUCCCGUAUCGGAUGCCUUAACCUAAAGCAAGGUGCUUUGGGGCCAGUGUUAGUUUCCUAGAUACUGGAGGAAAGUAAGCAAGCAAGGAAGGAGUAGAGAAUCCAGUCACUUGACUUCAUUAUCCUCUUCCAACCGAGAUUUUAAAGCAAGGACAAGGCAAAAAUUUCAAGGCUGCAGCCUUUCACAGUCCUCUGAGGGACAAAACGCAAAUACAGUUCUUGGCCCGAAGGUGGUCACAAACAAAAGGGGUAAAUGAUCCUAAAUGUAGACCUAAAAGAGAGAUACAUGCAAUGGAAAUUUAAUCUUGUAAUUCUUUGCAGGCAGUAGUCAUUUAUAGGUUAAAGUCCUGGUUGUAGUUUAAUUGUAAAAUAUGUUCAUUUAUUAGUAUUUAUCAGUAUGGUGACUUCUUUAGCCAAAGAGUGUCUAAACUGGACUCUCGGCGCUAACAGAAGUAACUAUGUUGCAGUGACAGCAACAGUCCUUGGUCUCUACCACUUUUCGAUGUGACCUUGGCAGUUCAACUACCCUCUUUGAGGCUGUGUUUUGGUAAGAAAUGGAAAGAACAUAUGCCAACAGGGAUUUGUAAAGCACCAUAUAAAUAUAUAUAUUUAAAUUAA